AUGAUGGAAAACAAGAUUGUUUUCCUGCUCUUCCUGGGGGCACUUUUAGGCGCCUCACGGGCGGAAGCUUUACCUGAUGAAAGCUUCCUUAUCACGUCGGUGAACAAGCAGAACUUGCUGAAAGCACUGCUGCAGCAAGAAUCGACCUCUUCCAAUAUUGGCCUCCGAGGAUCGGCCACCACCAACAAGGCCACCGCCGCCACCGCCAACGAGACCACCACCACCACCGCCAACCACAACGAGACCUCGUCCACCGCCAACGACGAGACCUCCGCCGCCACCGACCACUACAAGGCCUCGACCGCCACCAACGACGAGACCUCCGCCACCACCUCCACCGACGACCACGAGGCCACGUCCUCCGCCAACUACUACACGUCCAAAGCCACCGCCAACGACGACCAGGCCACGACCUCCGCCAACUACCACUCGUCCGAAGCCUCCUCCAACUACUACUCGUCCAAAGCCACCGCCGACGACUACGAGGCCACGCCCUCCACCAACUACCACUCGCCCGAAGCCUCCGCCAACGACGACAAGGCCACGACCUCCGCCAACUACCACUCGUCCAAAGCCUCCGCCAACGACGACAAGGCCGCGACCUCCGCCAACUACAACUCGUCCAAAGCCACCACCAACGACGACCAGGCCACGACCUCCGCCAACGACCACUCGUCCGAAGCCACCGCCAACCACAACAAGGCCACGACCUCCACCAACGACCACUCGUCCGAAGCCACCGCCAACCACAACAAGGCCACGACCUCCACCAACGACCACUCGUCCGAAGCCACCGCCAACGACGACCAGGCCACGACCUCCACCAACUACAACUCGUCCAAAGCCACCGCCAACGACGACAAGGCCACGUCCUCCACCAACGACCACUCGUCCAAAGCCACCGCCAACGACGACAAGGCCGCGACCUCCGCCUACGACGACUCGUCCGAGACCUCCGCCAACUACAACUCGUCCUAAGCCACCACCUACAACAACCCGCCCAAGACCUCCUCCAACUACCACUAGGCCCAAGCCGCCACCUACCACUACCAGACCACGCCCUCCGCCAACUACAACUCGUCCUAA